AGACCUUGUCGACAAAUGUACUUGUAUGUCGCAUCAUUUCGAAGAUCUUAACAUUUCUAUUGUGCCAGCUCAUUUAAACAAUGACCGACCAAGAAUUCGCUAUAAGAAAAUCAUUCGCACAUUCUGAAUUAGUCAUGCAAGUGAACGGCCUGUUACCCGGGGAAAAUUUCAAAAGUUUGUAUACGUUUUUCGCGUAUGCACUUAUGAUAGGCUUCAAUAUUUUGUUGCCCGUUCUGGGUUACAUUAAUCUUUUUAAAGCUGAUCCAGACGAAAGAUUUACUCUGCUGAGUAACAGUUUCAUCUAUGUGGAAAUGUUUAUUUUGGUGUUCAAAAAUUGGUCCUUAGUAGUUACACCGGAUUUGACUAAAAAAAUGUUUAACCGAUGGAACGAUGACAUUUUUAACACUCAAGUGGACGAAGACAAACACAUCAUCGAUGAAGCUGUUCGAGAUCAUCGUAUAAAGUAUAUCUUAUAUUUCAUCUUGACCGGUAUAGCACCCACGUUUCUACUGAUAAACAUUAUAUUUUCUGCUCACGAUGAUUUGAAAUUACCAAUUUGGCUGCCCGUGGAUAUUUAUAAUAGUACCUUGCGAUAUACUCUCGCUAAUGUGUAUAUUAUAGUCGGUUAUACACAUGCAGUUUUUGCGCAUUUCGCUAUAGAUGUAUAUUUAUCAAGUUUCAUGUUGUAUUGUGGUAGUCAGCUUAGACUUAUUAAAUACAAACUGGAAAAUAUGGAAAAAUAUUUUGAAGAAGAUCUAUUGUGCAUUUCCGAUGAAAUUUUUAAUGAUAAGUUGCUUCAAAAGAAAGUGUAUGAUAAAAUUACGCAAUGCGCCAAAGUUUAUGAUGCCGUUUAUUCGUAUAUUCAAGAAUUGGAAGAAAUUUAUUCAGGUGGAGUAUUUUCUCAAUUUUUGGUCGGAUCAAUGGUUGUUUCUAUUUGUCUAUAUAAUAUGUCAAAGGCACAAUCGUUGAAUUUAGAAUUAAUAUACGCAAUGGGUUUUCUUAUGCCCAUGACUUAUUUAUUAUAUUUAUACUGUAAUCAUGGAACUCUUGUGAUUGAAGAAAGUUUAACAAUUGGAGACGCUAUAAUCAAAAGUCCAUGGUAUAAUUAUGACAUGAAAUCAAAAAGAUUACUGAUGAUUUUAAUCGAAAGAUCUAAAAAACCUAUUAAUUUUUCAGCUGGAAAAAUAGUGGAAUUAUCAUUGGAAACAUUCGUUCUCAUUGUGAAACGAUCGUACUCACUACUUGCUGUGCUGAGAAACUAUUAAAAUCGAAUAAAGCUGAAAAGGAUGAAACACAUGCACUUGAUAAGAUACAUUUCUAUGACACGUGUUGAAAAAAAAAUUUUCCUUUUAUAGAGAUAUAUUCAAUCAAACGUCACCGCUUUAAAAUGUAUUUUUUAAUAAAAAGCAAUAUUCACUUAUAAAGCAUAUUAAAGCACAUUUUUAGGACACAUCCUGAGAAGGAAAAUUAUUCUUUUAACAAAAUACUCGAAAAACAAUCACGACACUAGCUUUGUAUUUUUCAAUCAAUAAAGCAUAUUAAAAAC